AUGGGUGACAACAAGAUGCGCAAACGUCCAGCUCCGCUGGGCCUCGAGAGCAGCAGCAGCACCGCCACCGCCAACAGCAGUGGGGGCAACGGCUUUGCCGCGCCCGUGUUCCUCCAGAAGACGUACGACAUGAUUGAGAGCUCGCCGCCGGCCGUCGCGUGCUGGAGCGAGGCCGGCGCGUCGUUCAUCAUCAAGUUGCCGCGCGAGUUCGCCAAGACGAUGCUCCCGCGCUACUUUAAGCACAACAACUUCAGCAGCUUCGUGCGGCAGCUCAACUUCUACGGGUUCCGGAAGCACAAGAAGGACGAGAUCGUCAUCUCCACAGAGGAGGACGAGAGCAAGAACUGGUGGGAGUUUUACCACGAGAAGUUCGUGCGGGGCCGACAGGAGCUCAUGGCGCAGAUCCGACGGAAAACGUACUCGGAACCGGCGUCCCCCGACCAUGAAGAGGUCGAGACGCUCAAGCAGUCGGUGCAGAGUCUGCAAGGCCAAGUGUCGGAGCUCAUGGGACAGCUUUCGGACUUGACGGGACUUGUUAAGAGUCUGCUCCAGGACAAACCCAUGGCCGGCCCGCCGUUGUCGGUCUCGACGUCGGCUCAACGCGCGCCCAAGCGCAUCAAGAUGAACGACCCGUCCGUGUCCAGGAUGGCGCUCGCGGGUCCUCCUCCGCCUCCUGCCACUGGUCUGCAGGACGCCUAUGCGUCGCAUUUGGAGCACGUGCAGACGUCACAGCUGCGUCAGCCGCCGCUCAAUAUGAUGCUGGACCCCAUGUCCAAGAGCCAGAGCCAGCGGACACGAGAGAUGUCGCUCAUGGAGUGGACCGAGUCGUACGGCAUGGACUACCUGUUGAACGACUCGGGACGGCAGUGCCCGCUCUUUGCCGAGGACAUGCUUAGUUAUGACUGA